AUGGCAUCAGUGCUGCAGCCUGAGCACCAUGAGGGGCUAUUACACGAUUGGUCACCCUGCGCUAUGGACAGAGGUAAGACGUACGGGGCCAGCGGCCAUUACUGAACCUACACUGAGGAUGGAUUUAUGGUGGAGGUAAGACGUACGGGGCCAGCGGCCAUUACUGAACCUACACCGAGGGAUGGAUUUAUGGUGGAGGUAAGACGUACGGGGCCAGCGGCCAUUACUGAACCUACACCAAGGGAUGGAUUUAUGGUGGAGGUAAGGCGUACGGGGCCAGCGGCCAUUACUGAACCUACACCAAGGGGGAUGGAUUUAUGGUGGAGGUAAGA